GCUAGGUGGGGCCGAGGCCCCGGUGUCAGUCCGGGCUGGGGCAGCCGGGGGAGCUGGCGCUUCGUCUCCCGGGCGCUCCCUUGGCUGCGUGUCCUCGGAGACUCAGCGCUGCUGCGGAUUCCUUGUGCUGCCUUAAUUAGGCUCCACUGUCACGCGCCCUCCCGCGGGAUUAGGGAGGGUUCGCACACGCCCCUUCCCUUGGCACCAAAAGCUGGGCGCCCUUCACAGCGUACUCAGGUUUUGCUGGAGCAGCCGAGACCGCCUAGGGUGGGGAUCUGGGGUAGAACAAGUGCUGAGCUGCUGCUUUGUCAUCACUAGAGAGUAGCGGCACCCGGGACAACUGGGCGUUAGCUCUGCUCUGUGGAGCCAGGUAGUAGUAGAUUUACUGACUGCUCUUCAGAACUGCCUCUGUCAGGCUGAUAAACUCUUCCAUGUGAAGUCCUCCCCCGCACGCCCAGCCUGGCCAUCCCCUGCUUGCAAUGGUUCUGCUGCCUGACUUUAGGUGCCUAAAAAAUCAUAGGAACAACGCUGUGAUCUAUAAAGCUGAGUUCGGCACCUAGGCUCCCGAAAAAGGGGGGAGAGAGCUAGAGAAGCAUCUAACAAUAUGAUCCACAAAAGCUAGGAUGCUAAACGGGGACUUGCCUAAACUAGCCAAUCAGAGAUGCUAACAACAGGAGUGUGUCGUAUACCCUGCUCCUUCCUCCGAGAUAGGUGCCUCCCUGCAGCCUGGAUUUAGGUGCCUAUCUUUGCUAGCUAUCCACAAACAAGAACCAGUCACUGCUUAGAGUUAGGCAUCUUCGGCACCUAAGCUGUUUCUUGUGUGAAUGAGUUAGGUACUUGCCUCUCUCCUCUCAAAACAGCUGGAAGAGGUGGUGAUGUCCACGUUUUGACUUUUGGCCUUGACUUACAGCACUCACCUGGUAUGUAGGAGACAGAGGGGUAGAGAGGAUUUGAACAGGGGUCUCCCACCUCUGAGGAGAGAGCUUUAACCGCUGUGCUUUUGGAUAAUCCAAUGUGGGGUUCUUGCAGUCACUACUGUUGAAGCUCUUCCAAUGUGGAUAAAUAAUGGAAGAGUAAUAGGAGCAGGAGGACUGGGCCUAGGGUCUUUUCAUCACGCAGGUGCAUGUCCAGAUUGCUGGACUACAGAGGGAGGGGUAAAUUGGACCUGGAUCUCCCACAUCCCUGGUGAGUGCUCUAACCAUCGGGCUAAAAAUUACAAGAUGUUCACCAUCACCUCCCACUUCUCCUUGCCAAGGAGUUCUCCAGUGGACUCUUUUAAAACAGUGGGCCAGAUAAGACUGAACUUUCAGUUCAGGGUUUCCUAGAAAAUAUUUAGGAGGGGAAUGCAAAUUACCUACUUCUGGAUCCAUCCAUUUGAAGUUGCAACCUGAGAGGAAACCCAUAGUUUACAUGAGGAUGAAGUCAGAGGCCUACUGGAUAGAAGAGUGACUCUAAGAUUCAUGGGUGUGUUUGUUCUGACUAACAGCUGUUGUGAACUUGUGACCACAGAAAAACCCCUUGUUGGGGUUUGAACAGAUGUUCAUCAGUCAGAGCCUUUGUUGGAGUUGAGGUGAUCUCUGAAUGAAUGACUGAAGAUUAAAAGGAUAAUGGGCUGCGUGUAUCCUGAUGGCAUCUUGUGUACAGUGACAUGUUACUUGCUAUGGCAUCUGAGACUGAAAAGGCUCAUGCUCUUCUCCAAACUUUCAGCACAGCUUCAGUUAUUUCCAGUUUAGGAUUGGGAAUGUUCUGCUUCAUAGCAGACCGACUUCUGCAGUUCCCUUUCAUUCAGCAACACAACUGGCUCCGAGCUCUCUCUGAUAAUGGAGUGCACGGUGUGGUGGGAGUAUGGUCCUGGGUGAUAGUGAUUGGGCUCAGGAAGAAGAGUGACUUUAGUGAAGUCAUUUUAGCUGGUUUCCUCUCUUCUGUCAUUGAUGUGGACCAUUUUUUUCUAGCUCACUCCCUUUCAUUACAGGCUGCUCUGACUCUUCCACAAAGACCACUUCUUCAUUGUUCUACUGUGAUUCCUGUUGUGGCUGUGACAUUAAAAUGUAUUAUGCACCUUUUCAGGCUUAAGGACUCAUGGUGCUUUCUUCCCUGGAUGUUGUGUAUAUCCUGGACUUCUCACCAUGUCCGUGAUGGAAUUCGUCAUGGCCUCUGGAUCUGUCCGUUUGGAAAAACUGCUCCCUUGCCAUACUGGCUUUAUGUGGCAAUCACAGCAUCUUUACCUCAUCUGUGUUCAUUUGUUAUGUAUUUAACAGGUACUGGAGAACUAAUGUCUAUAAAACAUGGAAUUCGCAUUGAUGUCUAAGGAUAAUAGUCCUUGAAAGUCACUUGUUUUAAAGAUUACAGAGAAGCUGAUCCCUGUGCAUUCCUCAUGAUUUCUAAAUUAGGCAAUCUGAAGCCACGGAGCCAUUUAUAAUUCCAGAAUUGAUUAUUUGUGGCUACAGAAAUCUGUUGUCUGAAAGGUGUUGAUGUAAUUUCCAGACAUCCUCUUUAUGACAUCUGUAGUGUUCAGUGUCAGUUCUGUAAUAGCUAAUUAAUAUAUAAAAUUCAGUCAUUCCUAAAUAUUUAAAUUUCCUCCUCCUGCUAUUGUCUCUGCUAUAGUAGUGCCAUUCUUCUGGUCACCCUCCACUUUGGGAAAUGUGUUCUCUCUUUGCGCACCAACUUUCUUUCUAUAAUUAACAUUUGCACAGCACUUUGAAGAUGUAAAGCACUACAAAAGUGCUAAGUAUUAGUAAGAAUUCAGUGUUGUAUAUCACUUCUGAGAAAUGUAUAACAGCUGUUUUUUGUAACUUGUUAGUUUACCCCAGUUGAGUCUUCUUGUACUCAACUGGCUGGAAAAAUAGUACUGUUUGUUUUUUCAGGAUGUGCUACUGAUUGUCUGACUGUCAGAUUGACUGUCUACUUAAGUUUGAACAGUGACUGCUAUUUAGUAAAAAGAAAAGGAGUACUUGUGGCACCUUAGAGACUAACAAAUUUAUUUGAGUAUAAGCUUUCGUGAGCUACAGCUCACUUCAUCGGAUGCAUUCAGUGGAAAAUACAGUGGGGAGAUUUAUAUACACAGACAACAUGAAACAAUGGGUGUUACCGUAUACACUGUAACGAGAGUGAUCAGGUAAGGUGAGCAUGCUGCUGGUAAUAGCUCACCUUACCUGAUCACUCUCGUUACAGUGUGUAUGGUAACACCCAUUGUUUCAUGUUCUCUGUGUAUAUAAAUCUCCCCACUGUAUUUUCCACUGAAUGCAUCCGAUGAAGUGAGCUAUAGCUCACGAAAGCUUAUGCUCAGAUAAAUUUGUUAGUCUCUAAGAUGCCACAAGUACUCCUUUUUUUUGCGGAUACAGAAUAACAUGGCUGCUACUCUGAAACCUGCUAUUUAGUAAAAUAUAUUCCAAGCACUGUUCUUGCAUAGUUACCUGAUACUCAAUUUCCAAACAACUCUUAUCUGGGAUUUUUGGUUAGAAAAAAGAAAACAGUUUAGGAGUACUGUGUCUGUGAAAUUACAGAAGGUUUGCA